UGUCGUCGGUGUUUCUCCAGUUAUGACCUGCGAUCAGAAAUGCGCUCCUUGUUAUCCAUCCGUCCCAUGCCGCAUGCAGAGGUUGGAAGAGCGAAGAAACCCGCAAGAGAGAACCAAAACAACUCGUUAGCAGUUAUAGCAUGUUAGCAGUUGUGCACAAUCCUCUGGUUGGUGCUGGAUUCGUUGAGGAGACUCGCUGGAGAGAAAACACUUCUACCGUGGUGAGAGGGUGGAAUCUCACGGGCGCGCGCGCGUGGUCGUUGGAUAUCUUGCGUUGAGGCGCACACUUGGGCCAGUUCCUCGUGAGAGUUGGUCGUCGCAGGUAGACGUAGUUUUUACGCGAGUCGGAACGGUCACGCGGCUGGGUUUAUCAGUGAAGGCAGGAAUAUCCGCCUUGCUACGAAGGAAACAAACAGAUCGAAGUCGGGAUUUUCGUGCAUACCGAAGACAACGCGUAGCGAUACAAAAACAUUCGGAUUUUGGCGAGUUUUAUCUAAAUUAUGAUAAUUUCAACGCGCGGUUGCGUCGUUUUCUCGUCCGUUCGUUCGCUUGCGUGCACGGAGUUGUAGUUUUAAUUAAUUUAUUCUCUAUAAGGUAAACUGCUGCCGUUCGGUGGUACCGUUUUUUUAUCAGUGAUAAGUGACUUCGAGAGGGCAGGGCUCCUCGUUGACGUCGAUGUGUCGCAUGAAAGCAAUUACGACGAUAGCGAGGUGACAAUUAUCGCGUAAACAGCUGGUUCUACGAGGCAGACGUCAAAAAAUGUUGUUUUUCCAGCAAACUCGAAUGGACCGCGAAGGUGAAUUACUACAACAAAUGAUCGCAUAACAAGAGCAGAAUAUCAACCGAAAAGAAACGAGAAGAUUAUUAAAGAAGAAAAGAAGGCCGUAUCAAAGUGUAUGGGAAGAAAAGUUUCACGUUUCGACGAGAGUGUGUGCACUGUUAUAGCGUCUUAGUUUUUUAUGAGAUGAACAGUGUUGUGUUGUUCUCUCGAUCGCCGGAAUCGUCAUCAGUAAAGCUGGAGAAGACGAGAGACUCUUCCGUACACGCGGUGCUGGAAUGUGUUGUGUAGCUGUAGCGGCAGCGGUCUCUAGUGGAUUUCUCUCGGCUCAUUUUGCCUUCUACGUCGAUACGAAUACCGAAGGUGGAAGACGAUCAAACGAAAGAUCUUCAGAAGAAAAGAGUGAAAACAUUACGAGCAUAAUCCUAACUGUGACAGCCACUCGUUCCGAGCAAACGAGUGUGAAUAUAAAAGCUUUUAAACAAGAUUAAAAUUCAAUCGAUUGGUUGGCGGUAAUUGUAAAGUACUCUCAACGGCUUUGAUUGAGUGGAUGGCGGAGAUCCACUCGCAAGUUCAAUAAUUCUUCGAUUGGAAUGCUUUUCACGAACUAUCAGCACUAUUGGGGCGCUGAUCGCAACAUGGCAAAGGGAAUUGUGUUGCUGCUUUUGCUGGCAGGUUGCAGUCAAGCACUGUCGGCAUCGGACUUUGCCACCCAACGCACAUGUGAGCCCAUCAGAAUCGAACUAUGCCGCGGAAUAGGCUACAACGAAACAUCCCUGCCGAAUUUGGUAGGACAUGAGCUGCAGACCGAUGCAGACUUCACGCUUCAGACCUUUUCCCCACUAAUCCAGUACGGUUGCAGUAAGCAGCUGAAGUUUUUCCUGUGUGCAGCCUACGUUCCGAUGUGCACGCCAAAAGUCCCUAUGCCUAUUGGACCAUGCCGUGGACUAUGCUUAACCGUAAAAACCCUUUGUCACCCUAUCCUUCAAGGAUUCGGGUUUCCAUGGCCAUCGGCACUCGACUGCAAUCGAUUCCCAGAGGAAAACAAUCACGAACACAUGUGCAUGCAGGGUCCCGGUGAACCCACGGAUGGCGUCGUCAUGAUCUCCAAAAACGACCGUCCAACCUGUCAAGGAUUGAUCAAAUCUCAUCUAUAUGUGCGUCUGAACCGUUCGGGGCGCUGUGCCCCGCUCUGCGAAGCCGAUAUCAUGUUCGAACAGAACGAAAAACACUUUGCGGAAGUUUGGUUAACAUCUUGGAGUGUGGCCGCCCUGUUCACAGCCAUCAUAGCGACUCUUUGUUUGAUCCUUUCGACCAAACGGUGGGACAAGAUUCUGAUGCCGCUGGUCAUCAGUCAUUGCCUGGUCACGGUCGGCUGGGCCGUCCGCUGGCUGGCAGGACGCAAUGCGACCGCUUGUGGCUACGACACACAACUUCCGGGCGUUUCGCUGCUGCUAACGGAUGGCCUCAUGACGGCGCCAUGUGCGGCCACGUUCCUACUGCGCUACUACUUCGGCAUGUCAGCAGCUGUUUGGUGGGCGAUUCUGUGCCUUCGGUGGAGCAAAUCGGUUCGCCGGUUGCUGAACAACGAUCUGAGCGGCGAUCCGCAUGCCGAAAAGUCCGAAUCGUCGUACAAUACGUUGUUCCAGCUGGCCGCCUGGGGACUUCCGGCACUGCAAACUGUGAUUGUGCUGGUGGUACGACUGGUCGAUGCGGAUGAACUUUUCGGUUCAUGCUUCAUCGGCAACCAAUCCGAUCGCGCUCUGCUCGGAUUCGUCGUGGUCCCCCUGCUAACCUAUUGGGUCAUCGGCUCGGGCUAUCUCUUCACGGCGUACCUCCGAAAGCGGUCAUCUUCCGCGCUUCUGGUCAACAGCCUCCCCGUCCACAUCAACGGAAUGGGAAAAUUCCUGUUCAUCUAUUCCGUUCCGAGCUUCCUGCUGCUGGUCAUCAUAUUCUACGAGUUUGCCUAUCGGGAGAAUUGGCUCAGUGUGCCCCAUCCAUCGCUGGAACCGGUCACGUCGAUGAAGGCCCCCAUUUGGCCGUUCAUCCUGCGAGCGGUGAUAGAACUGCUGGUCGGAGUUUUGGCCUCCGCGUGGGCUGUGGGUCCUCGAAUAGCCGGUCUGUGCCGGAGUAAGAUCAACAACCAGGUCUACAAGCAACCGCAGCCAAAGUUCAACACCUCGCCGUACUCGGCGGCGUCCUACCAGACGGUGGUCUGUCCCCAGAACUCGUUGGUGUCCGUUCCGAUAGGGAAGCUGCCGCCACGGCACGCGAGAAAGUAUCCCUCGCAUUCGCACAUUAACCGAAAACCGCGCGCCUACAAGGCGUCUUCGCAAACGAUGAGCCUCACCGGCAACGAAACGGUCCUGUGAGAGUAAGGUUGUAAAUUAGCACAUAGCUUGGGGACGAAGCAGGGAAUAAAGUGUCCGCGACAAUGAGACAACGACCGCAACCAAGUGGUCAAUUACUGGUGCACCAUGUUACGUGUCAGCGGCGCUGGAAAAAAUGUGAUAUUAAUUUUAAAAUGAAGUUUAAAUUAUUUUAUUUGGAUUUUUAUGUGUAUAGUUGUGUAAAAGAUAGCCUGAAAAUUGGCUCCUCGUAGGUAGGAUGUUGUAGGAUACGUAAAUGAUGCGCGAUAUAUCGAGACGGGUCGUUCCGAAGUUGGUACUUAAGAAAAGAUUUAAUUAUAUGUUGUUAGCGAAACUUGUUGUGUUGGCCGCCGUGAGGUUUGAGUCGGGGUUGAGUACCAGGGACGGUAAAUGUCGUGCAAGGCAAGGAGGUUCACCGAUAUCACAGGGAAGAUAUUUGUCAAGGUGAUGGUCAUACAUGGACUGUAUAUUUUUAAUAUACCGUCUUUUUUGAACAGCAA